AUGCAAUUCCAAAUCAGGCGCAACCUCCAACUUCGGAGAACCAGACCUAUCGCCCUUAACUUCACCCUCUUACCUGACGUCUGCGGCGUCCCUGGGGCUACAGUCCGCAGCUACCGAUUCUUGCAGAACGCGACCUGCGCCAAUGGCACCACAGCAGAAUUCAACUACUAUAACAGCAACAACAGCACAGCCGACCCCACAGCCGAAGACCCUAAUCCUGGGCUGGCGAAGCGUAUGAAGAAUCGACGUCAAGUCGCGGGUAACUUAGAUGGUGAUUGCCUGGCGCUUAUCGCCUUCAAUUCCCUGGCAUUUGUUUGGGAAGGCGUUGCUCCUGGAAAUAAGAGAUCUAUCUCCCUCUCGACAUCCGCUCUAGCGCCAACAACUGCAUCUUCAUCUACCACUCCUUCGAUAUCAUUCUCUUCAAACCAGUCAAAGACAGCAAUAAGCUCGUCUACAAAAAGCUCACCUGCCACAAGCUCACCCAUAACAAGCAACCACGGCUCCAAAUCUAGCCUCUCCGCUGGCACAAGCGCUGGUGCCGGCGUUGGAUCUGCUGUCGGGGUAUUAGCAAUUGCUGCUCUGUGUUUUUUCUACUUCCAAAGGCAGACCGUUACCAACAUUAAACGCGGUAACCGACGUUCAGAACCGUUGUCCGCGAACGCUGCGAUGACGUCUGCAUUCGACACAGGAGGUAUCACCUAUAAAGCUAGCAUAGGUCAGCCGCAUAAGAUUAAACAAGGUGCUAUUGAUAACAGUCACGAAGCUGGCACAGACAACGAGAUUCAUGAAUUGCUAAUCAAAGGAUGA